GGGCGGGGCGGCCGCGGGACCCCUCCCGCUGCUCCGAGCGGCCGCGGGGCGCGUUUGGAGCGGCCCCGGCCCCGGCCGCCAUGGACCUGCACAUCCUGGAGCACCGGGUGCGGGUGCUGAGCCUGGCGCGCCGCGGGCUCUGGCUCUACACCCACCCGCUGCUCAAGCUGCUCUUCCUGCCCCAGCGCUGCAGGUGCAAGUUCUUCAGCCUGACGGAGACCCCUGAGGACUACACCAUCAUGCUGGACGAGGAGGGCUUCAAAGAGCUGCCGCCCUCCGAGUUCAUGCAGGUGGCGGACUCGACGUGGCUGGUGCUCAGCGUCGUCUCCAACGGCCGGGCGCCCUCCGGCUGCCAGGCCACCGGCGUCACCAAGAUCGCCCGGUCGGUCAUCGCGCCGCUGGCCGAGCACCACGUCUCGGUGCUGAUGCUCUCCACCUACCAGACCGACUUUGUCCUGGUGAGCCCGGGGUGGAAACGGGGAUGGUGCCGCGUGGCCCUGGCAGCCCUGAGGUUGCUGGUGGGGACCCUGCUGUCCCCAUCUGGCUGGGGGGCGGGGGGGGGCGCUCCGGUGUCGGUGACGCCGUGACACUGCCAGGUGCGGGAGAGGGACCUGCCGGUGGUCAUCCACACUCUGGCCGGGGAGUUCGACAUCUACAAGGAGGAGAACGGCGAGUCCGUCCCCGUCACCUGCGACGAUGCCAGCAACGGCUUCCUCAAGCCCAAGGCGGCCACCAGCCCCACGCUGCACCCCGUGCAGAGCCCCCAGAACCGCUUCUGCAUCCUGACCGUGGCACCCGACACGCUGCCUGCCAUUGCCACCAUGCUCAUCGACGUCCUCUUCUACUCCCACAGCCCCCCCAGGGAGCCCAGUGCCGGUGGCCAGGACCUCGACUCCAUCACCUUCUUCGCCUUCUCGCUCAUCGAGGGCUACAUCUCCAUCGUGAUGGACGCGGAGACCCAGAAGCGGUUCCCCAGUGACCUGCUGCUGACCAGCUCCAGCGGGGAGCUGUGGCGGAUGGUGAGGAUCGGCGGGCAGCCCCUGGGCUUCGAUGAGUGCGGCAUCGUGGCGCAGAUCGCCGAGCCGCUGGCUGCCGUCGACAUCUCGGCGUACUACAUCAGCACCUUCAACUUCGACCAUGCCUUGGUCCCUGAGGAGGGCAUCACCGAGGUCAUCCAGCUGCUGCAGAAGCGCCAGGAGAGCGGCAGAUAGCGGCCGGCUGUCCCCGUGCCGGCUGUCCCCGUGCCAUCCGGUGGCCCCUGGGGACCAGCGCGGUGUCCCUGCGGGCUCCUCCUGCCCAGGGCUGUCCCCAGUCCUGUCGCUGUUUUUCAUUUCUAAGCCUUUCCCCUGCUGGUGCUGGGCAGAGCCCAGGGGGUACAGCGUCGCUCCCUGCCCACCGGGGACGUGGGGGGGGGACGCGGUGGCACUGCUGUGACAGUAUUACGUCCACGCCGCGGUGAAUCCCCGCCGGAGAGGCCGAAGGGCAGCGCCGUGCCCUCCUCUGCCUCGGGUCCCUUCCCGGCUUUCUUAGGAUGGGGGGAGCGGCAGAUUUGGGGGAUUUGAGUGGUGGUGAGGAGAGGAGGUGUGGGGGGGAUGCGUGCCCCAGAGCGGUGAAGUGCCACAGCCCUGCUGGAGGUGACAGCGUGGGGCUGGCGGGAUGCAGGACCCUGGGUGUCUGUGCGGGGUGGUGGCCGUGAUGCUCUGCACCUUUCCUGGGGGCUUUUGGACCCGUCUUGCUCAGGGAAUCUGCCCAAAACCCUCCAACGCUGAGAGCGGGGGCUGCGGGGGGUGGCCAGGGCAUCAUUUCAGCCCUGUGUCCCCUCUGGGGUGGCCCUGACCCCUGUCAGGCCAUCCUGUAUUGUGGAGGGGGGCAGUGACACCCCAGCUCCUUCCAAGCUGUAUUUUUACACACUUUUAAAUGUCAAUAAAAGUCCUAUUUUUUGUUG